AGAUAUGGCAGACGAGCAACAUUAUUUCGAACAUAUCAUCGCUCAAUUCUCUAACUCUUGACGGGACUGGAUGAGUUGUAAAGCCUUUUUUAUCCUUUCUUGCCGAGCCGACUCCCCCUACCUCCUCCUCCGCCGCUUGCAGAAUUGUAUAAAGAACAAAAAUCGGGCUGGGGAGGGGGGUUGAUGCGCCGAAGCUGAAAUCGAGAGGCAAACCCAGGAAAGAGGUAGUAUUUUGUACACGGGACUUUCCCCCCCUUCGUCCCUAAAAAGGAGGGGGAAAUGUCAUAUUUUUAAAAGCGAUAUUUUUAAAAUCGAGGAUUACGAAUAGGCUUAGGCGCCUGUCUCUGAGGAUAUAUAUUUUAAUUCGUUAAAAAAUAUGGCCGAGAACGUUCUGGAGUCUGGCCCGCCUUCAGCCAAGAGGCCUAAACUGUCCUCCCCGGCGCUAUCUGCCUCAGCCAGCGAUGGAAACGAUUUUGGCUCGCUUUUUGACCUGGAGCAUGACCUUCCAGAUGAGCUGAUCAGUUCCUCCGAGCUGAGUCUAGCAAAUGGAGGGGACCUCGGCCAGUUGCACUGCAAUUUGGGUAGUGGGGGCGGGGCCAUUGGAGGAGUUGUGUCCAGUGGCCAGGAUGCAGCGGCCAAACACAAGCAGCUCUCUGAACUCCUCCGGCAUGGAUCCGCAUCUGCAGCACAGCAGCAGGGUGCGAUGGGUAGCCCAGCAGGAGCCUCAAUGGGGCUAUUUGGGAGUAUGAAGGCUUCUCCAGGUACUCACGGCAUGGGCCCGCAAGGGCAGCAGCAUCUUUCCCCGCAGCAGGCCACGCUUAUGCAACAACAGCAGAUGGCAGGGAUGGUGGGCAACAUGAACAGGAAUAUGCUCGGACCUCAGAAAGGCAAUGGACAGCAACAGCCAGGAGGACCCACACCUCAGCAGCAAAGCAUGCUGGGAGCGCAGAUGUUGAACGGAUCUCCCAGAAUAGGACAGCACAACCCGGGCAUGGGCAGCAGCAGUAACUUGUUAGCAGAGGCUCUUCAGCAGCAGCAGACAGUAGGAGGUCAGGGUGGACUGAGGGCACAGCAGCCUGGAGCAAUGAACAAGAUGGGGAUGAAUGCAGGUUCAGGCCCCUAUGGAGGCCCAUAUGGUCAGCCUGCCAGUCAGAGUCUGGGUGUUGCAGGGCUGGCUUCUCAGCUCCAGAACAAACCAGGUCUCCCCAACAGUCCGGCCCAGUUUAACCUCGACAAGAAGCCUGUGCAGGGCUUACCUGGCAUGCAGGCUUCCCAGCCUUCCCCAGCGGGUGCUGCCGGAGGCGCAGGAGUAGCCGGCAUGGUGCCUAAUGCCCAAGGAACUCUCGGGCCCGGAUCAGCUCCAUCAGCCGUGUCUGCAACAGCGGUGGGAGGAGUUCCUCCAGCGGCCGACCCAGAAAAGCGCAAACUCAUACAGCAGCAGCUGGUGCUUUUGCUCCAUGCCCACAAGUGCCAGCGGAGGGAGCAGGCCAAUGGGGAAGUACGGCAGUGUAGCCUGCCCCAUUGUCGCACCAUGAAGAACGUCCUCAACCACAUGACGCACUGCCAGGCUGGCAAAUCUUGCCAAGUGGCGCACUGUGCCUCAUCCAGACAAAUAAUCUCUCACUGGAAGAACUGCACGCGGCAUGACUGUCCUGUAUGUCUACCACUGAAAAACGCAGGGGACAAGAGGAAUCAACAGAGUGAGUCUCUCCUAGGCACUGUGGGUGUGGGAUUAAGUUCUUCUUUGGGUAAUGUAACUGGUGGUCCACCCGGUGCCCCCCAUCUCAGUACCCCAGGGCAGAUAGACCCCAGCUCCAUCGAGAGGGCUUACGCAGCGCUGGGCCUCACAUACCAGGGAAAUCAGGCUUCCCCUCAGCCUGUCCAACAAACACAACGGGCAAUAAACACAAUGGGAGCAAAUCCCAUGGGAGUAAACGGAGCAGUGGGUGGUCAGUCUCAGAAUCAGCAAGCUAACCUUCUCCAGGAUACAAUGUUGCAUCUGAACAUGAACUCGCAGAGUCUGAUGAAUGACAAUGCUGUGGGCGGUCUGGGGUGUAUGCCUAUGGCCAACCCAGCUGCCAGUGGUAGCAUGAGGAAGAGCUGGCACGAGGACAUCACCCAGGAUCUACGCAACCACCUGGUGCACAAACUAGUCCAGGCCAUUUUUCCCACUCCAGACCCAGCUGCACUGAAGGACCGGCGGAUGGAGAAUCUAGUGGCCUAUGCGCGUAAAGUUGAGGGGGAUAUGUAUGAGUCCGCUAACAGCAGGGCGGAGUAUUAUCACCUGCUGGCGGAGAAGAUUUAUAAGAUCCAGAAGGAACUGGAAGAGAAGCGAAAGACACGGUUACAGAAGCAGGGCAUGAUGCCUACUCAGCCUGGUAUGCCCCCCACUGGCCUGCAGCAAGGCCCCACUGGGAUUGGUCAGACAGGGCCACCCACAGGACUGCCUCCUAAUGGCCCUCUCUCUGAUCCUUCAGUGGUGCGGCCUACUGGUCCAAACCAGAUGAUGAACAGGAUGCAGAAUGCUGCUGGCAUUAAUCCCUUUGGGAACCAUAUGGGAAUGCAGUCCAUGGGCCAGAGAUCUACACCUCCUCUUCCACUCAGCACACCUCUUAACCAGGGAAGCAUGGGCAGUGUGAGGAUGCCACAGCCAAAUGUUGCACAGAUGCAAAAUCAGUACAUGCAAACUGGACAGUUUCAAGGUUCAAAUCCUGCUCUUGGAGCUGGAUCUGUUGACAUGGCACACCCAGGAAAUGACAGCACUGUCACUCAACAGGGGCAAAUGCCUACUUUAUCAUCUUUACCAAUCGGCAGUCCUUUAGCCCAGCCUGGGUCUGCUGGAGGGGCAGGCAGCGGGUCUUCAGUGGGUUCUCUGGGUCCCAACAGCAUGAGUGCGGUGCCUCCAUCGUCCACCCCAACACAGUCCAUCAACCUCCCCCACUGCCCACCCUUCCACCAGAAUUCUCCUUCCCCAGCUCAUAGCCGCACACCCACGCCCACGCCGGGCUCCCAGACACCCCAGCCUCACACACCCAGCCUACCCCAGUUAGCAAUGAGCGGCAGUCAGCAGCAGUUACCUCUGUCCGCCAGUUCUGACAAUGCCAUGCAGCCUCAGCAGCAGCCAUUAGGAGGAACUCCUCCUGCUGUGUCUCAUAGUGGCCUCUCUACGCCAAAUGCCAGCCAGUAUCCCCGCACUCCAUUGUCUCAUAAGGGUUCUCUACCAGUGGAUGGCCAGGCUGCUACCCCUGCCUCCGUCAGCAGUGCGGACACAUCAUUUCAACAGGGUCCUUCAGACUCCGCAACCACCCUUGAGUCUAAGGUGGCGGUCAAGCAGAAAGUAGAAGAGGAUGAGGAUGAGGAUGAAGAUGAAGAAGACAUGACAGGAGGAAAAACAGGCAAACAAGAAGACAUUAACGCUAAGGAAAAGCCUGAGAUACAGAAAGAGAAGCCGAGUGAUGGUGUGCCAAUGGAGACUUCUUCAGCUGCAGCUGGGGAGGACAAAAAGCCAGAGAUAAAGACUGAGCCUAAAGAAGAGGAGGAAGGUUCAGGGUCUACAGCAACCCACAGUUCACCUUCUGGAGUCCCUAACAAAAAGAAAAUUUUUAAACCAGAGGAGCUGAGGCAGGCCCUGAUGCCCACACUGGAGUCUCUUUACCGCCAGGACCCUGAGUCUCUGCCCUUCCGCCAGCCUGUGGACCCUUCACUACUGGGAAUACCAGUACGUCUGCUGUCUGGUCACAGCCAUCUUAAUACAGUGCUUUUUUUGUUUCACAUAACCAUACUAUUAAAGGAUAAUUGGCUGAUUUUUCAAGCAGUUUUGCAUGGUUGUUUUCGCCAACAUGACACUGGCUAAUGCUUUUUUUGUUCUCUCUCACAGUUUGAGUUUUCUCCCCAAACUCUGUGCUGCUAUGGGAAGCAGCUAUGCACUAUACCACGAGAUGCUGCUUACUUUAGUUUUCAGAACAGUUCACCAAAAUAUGGGCUUCUUGCUGACAGGUAUCACUUCUGUGAGAAGUGUUUCAAUGAGAUCCAGGGUGAGAGUGUGUCCUUGGGAGAUGACCCAUCCCAACCUCAAACAUCGAUCAACAAGGAUCAGUUUGAAAAGAAGAAAAAUGACAUGCUCGACCCUGAGCUAUUUGUGGAAUGUAUGGAUUGUAGUCGUAAGAUGCAUCAGAUCUGUGUUUUGCACAAUGACACUAUAUGGCCAUCAGGCUUUGUGUGUGAUGGCUGUUUGAAGAAGUCCAACAAGACCCGUAAAGAGAACAAAUAUGCUGCUAAAAGGCUUCCACAGACCAAACUAGGCAACUACUUGGAAACGCGGAUUAAUGAUUUUGUGAAGCGACAUAAUCACCCAGAAUCUGGUGAAGUCACUAUUCGUGUUGUUCAUGUCUCUGACAAAGUGGUGGAAGUCAAACCAGGCAUGAAGUCUAGGUUUGUGGAUAGUGGAGAGAUGGCAGAGUCUUUCCCAUACAGAACGAAAGCUUUAUUUGCAUUUGAGGAUGUUGAUGGUGUUGAUGUCUGUUUUUUUGGGAUGCACGUGCAAGAGUAUGGCUCAGAUUGUCCACCCCCUAAUCAAAGACGGGUUUACAUAUCCUACCUGGACAGUGUCCACUUCUUUCAGCCACGUUGUCUGAGAACAAGCGUGUACCAUGAGAUUCUUUUAGGAUAUCUGGACUAUGCCAAAAAACAAGGGUUUACCACGGGACACAUCUGGGCCUGCCCUCCUAGUGAAGGAGAUGAUUACAUCUUCCACUGUCACCCUCCAGACCAGAAGAUACCCAAGCCGAAGCGGCUGCAGGAGUGGUAUAAGAAGAUGCUGGAUAAAUCUGUAUCGGAGCGCAUCGUGCAUGACUACAAGGACGUCUUCAAACAGGCAACAGAGGAUCGCCUCACCAGCGCCAAAGAACUGCCCUAUUUUGAGGGUGAUUUCUGGCCCAAUGUGCUUGAAGAGAGUAUCAAAGAACUAGAGCAAGAAGAGGAGGAAAGGAAGAGGGAGGAGAACAGCACAUCCAAUGAGAGUGUUGAUACAACAAAAGGUGACAGCAAAAAUGCCAAGAAAAAGAACAACAAGAAGACGAGCAAGAACAAGAGCAGCUUAAGCCGAGCCAACAAAAAGAAGCCGGGCAUGCCAAAUGUGUCCAAUGACCUUUCACAGAAACUAUAUGCCACAAUGGAAAAGCACAAAGAGGUGUUCUUUGUUAUCCGACUGAUUGCGGCACCCAAUUCCAAUUCUCUCCUGCCCAUUGUUGACCUGGAUCCUUUGAUGGCGUGUGAUUUGAUGGAUGGUCGUGAUGCCUUCUUAACACUUUCACGGGAUAAGCACCUGGAGUUUUCUUCAUUGCGACGCUCCAAAUGGAGCACCAUGUGCAUGUUGGUGGAACUGCAUAACCAGAGCCAGGACCGCUUUGUCUAUACCUGCAAUGAGUGCAAGCACCAUGUUGAAACUCGCUUCCAUUGCACUGUUUGUGAGGACUAUGAUCUCUGCAUCACUUGCUACAAUACAAAAGGUCACAAGCACAAGAUGGAAAAACUGGGCUUGGGGUUGGAUGACGAAAGCAGCAACCAGGCUCCUUCCUCAAUGCAGAAUCCUGGAGACUCACGGCGUCUCAGUAUUCAGCGGUGCAUCCAGUCUCUGGUGCAUGCCUGCCAGUGCCGCAAUGCCAACUGUUCGCUUCCAUCUUGCCAGAAAAUGAAACGUGUAAUUCAACAUACCAAAGGCUGCAAGCGUAAAACCAAUGGCGGUUGUCCUAUCUGCAAGCAGCUCAUCGCACUCUGUUGUUACCAUGCAAAACACUGCCAAGAGAAUAAGUGCCCUGUGCCAUUCUGCCUCAACAUCAAGCAGAAACUGCGGCAACAACAGCUCCAGCACAGGCUCCAGCAGGCCCAGAUGGUGCGUAGAAGAAUGGCCAGCAUGCAAAGGACAGGCCAGCAGCUUCCAGGAGGCAAUGGUGGGCUGCCAUCUCCUGGGAACAAUAGUACUUCUGGUCCGAGCACACCAACACCAAGCACUCAACCCCCUACCCCACAGACGCCCACUCAGCAAUGUCAGCCUCCAGUGACUCAACCUGGCAUUGGAGGUGUUCCAUCACAACAGCAACAGCAGUUGGCAGGGAUGGCCCAUCAAUACCAGCAAAUGACUAGAAGUGGUGGGAUGAUCAACUCCCCGCAGCAGCCCCUGAUCCCACAGCAGCACCAACAGCCAACAUCAGUUCAGCAUCUUCAGCAUGCCAACAACCUUCCUCCAUAUGUGCAAAGACCUCCAGGCUCCUCUCCACUUCCUCAAUCAAUGGGAAAGCCAGGCAUGGUGCCAGGAGGCUUCCCUCAACAGCAACAGUCGAACCUAGGGCAGCCUGUGAUGCCGCAACAUCAGCCACCUGGCCCCCCACCUGCCGCUGUAGAAAUUGCCAUGAAGAUUCAACGAGUCGCAGAGACUCAACGGCAAAUGGCUCAGCAAAAGAUACUGCAAAGAAACCAGGCUCCUGGAAUGAUGCCUCCACAUGGCCUUCAUCAGGGUCCCCAAACUCAAAGCCAGAUGGGCAUGAACCUUCCUGGAGCUGCAAUGGGUGGGCCUCAGGGAAUGCCACCCCAGACACAAGCAGCAGUUGCUCGAACUCACAUGGAUCAGCAGCAGGGAAUGAUUACAGCAGGCAUGCAGCAGACAGGACCUCAGGCUCAGCUCCCUCAAGUCCAGUUACAGCAGGGCCAGCAAGGAGCACUCCAACUUCAGGUGCCGCCACAGCAGCAGUGGAGUGGUCCCGGUAUGCCUCCUCAGCAGAGACCUAGGGUUAUGAACCAAAUGGGUCUGCAAGGAAUGGUUGCACCUCAACAACAGCAGCAGCAGCAGACAGUUGGUCCGCAGCAGCAGCAAGGGCUUUCUGGUGUAAUGGGUAUGAUGGGCCAAGGAGGGGCUGCACCUGCAGGUACUGGCCCUGGAAGUCACCCUCAGGCUGCAAUACAGGACCUCCUAAGAACCUUAAGGUUACCUAGCUCUCCCCAUCAACAACAGCAAGUCCUGAAUAUACUACGUUCGAACCCUCAGCUCAUGGCAACCUUUAUCAGGCAACGGGUUCCUAGGUACCUUGGUCGAGGCGGGCCUGGAGCAGGAGGUGCGGGUGUACCAGGAGGACCUGGUGGAGGUCCAGGAAUCAUUGAUGGCCAGCAAAUGAAUGUAAAUCCUGGGACAAAUCAAGGAGGUAUGCAUAUGGCACAAGGAACUACCAUGCCAAUGAAUCAGCUUCAGCAACAACAGCAGCAGCAGCAGCAGCAGCAGCAACAGCAGCAGCAGCAACAUAUGGAAAACCAUGCUCAGUUCCAGCAUUCUCAACCACCCCAGCAGCAGGGUUAUCUUGGGCAAUCUGGACUGCCCCCACAGCAGCCUGGCCAACCUCAGCCUGGUGGUCUCCAGCAGCAACAGGGAGGUACCCAGCAAAACUACUGUGGGUCUAUGUCCCAUCAGCAGGUUGCAGCAGCUCUGCAACAAAGGUUGCAACACCAGCAACUUCAGAUGCAGCAGCAGCAACAACAACAACAGCAGCAGCAGCAGCAGCAGGGUGCUCUGGCAGGACUCCAGGGUGCUGAUGGAGGUCCUGGAGGUGGUGGUCCCCUCCAGCAGCAACAGAUGCAGUCGGCUCCAAUUGGUUCCCAAUCUCAAGUCAUGCUUCAGCAAGCUUUGCAGCAACGGCUCCUCCAGCAACAACAGUCACACUUAGGAGGAGGAUCUCCUUCUCAACACAAUCCCAUGAGCCCUCAACAGCCCCAGCAACAGAUCUCCCAGUCUCCCCAUUUGCAGGGCCAGCAGUUGCCCAAUUCUCUAAGCAACCAAGUCCGCUCACCCCAGCCGUCGCCUCGGCCCCAGUCCCAGCCGCCAAACUCUAGUCCAUCUCCUCGCUUGCAGCCCCAGCCUUCACCCCAUCGCAUCUCGCCGCAGACCCAGAUGGGUUCCCCUCACCCAGGUCAUCUUCCUCAGCAUCACGGUGGCAUGGUUGCACACCCACCUCCACAGCAACAACCGCAGGCGUCCCAACAGCAGCAACAGGCUAAUGCGAUGGACCAGGGCUCAUUUGGAGGAGACCAGAGUACCAUGCUUUCACAGCUAGGUGGGAUGGGAGCCUUGCAUGGGCAAGGGACAAAUGACAUGCUGACAAAUAACCAAGAUAUGGGGUCGAAUAUGAAUCACUCAUUAGAUUUGAUGUAAUGUUGCAGUGCUCAAAGAACUGUCAUGAUUGCCAGGGUUUGGUAGCAAUUCUAGGUUUUACAAAGGCUGUCAUCGAUAGUAUUAUUAUUACUAUUAUUAUUAUUAUUAUUUAAUAUUUUUCUUAUGUAAUUGAAUAGAACUGAACUUCCUAUGGGAGAUACUACAUGUGCAAGUCAACAAAUUAAGUUAAAUGAAUGGUAAGUUAUUGCUGUUAAUAUAUAAAUAUAUAUAAAUAUAUUUUUUGCCAAUUGUGUUCAAAGGGUUUUGGGUUAAGGGAUGGGAAAUAUUUCCUCUUGGUAUAUGACCAGAAAUAUUUUUGGGGUUAAGAAGUCUGCCUUUUUUAUAGAUAUUUUUUAAAAUUUUAAAAGUGGCAUGAAAUUAAAAAGCAAAAUGCGUAAACAAAAUGGACUAUUUUGUUUUCUUUUUCUUUGAAACAGUCAAGAAUGUCAUCAGUUUUGGAGCGCAUUAGAUUUAUUCUCACCAGUGUAAUGAUUAUGAAAAUGAUGGCAUUGGUAAUAACUGUUAUUUAUUACUCUGCUCUUUUGGUUGGCUAAUAGAUAUUUUCUUGUUCUUUUGUUUUGGACAGUGUAUGGCAUAUGCUAUUUGAACCUACAAUUUUUGAAGAGUAUAUUUUUGUUAUUGAUUGAACCUGACUAUAAAAGGAUGAAUUUAU